AGAAAGAGAGAGAGAGAGUGAGUGAGUGAGUGAGAGUGCGCUGUCACCGUGUGUCAGGGCUCAGCUGUCACCCUCGCCCAUACCGAUCGGAUUCCCUUAUCGUAGCAGUUUCAGUCAGUUUUAUUUUCACCGCGCGGAUCGGAUGCGCACUCAGUCAUCGUCGCAGCGGUGCGCCGCGAGAGUGUGCCGCUGACAUUAUGACCCACGCGUUUCGGGGACCCGUGCGUGGACGCGACGAGGAUCGCUACUACGCGGUGGCAGUGGCAACGCGAUAAGGAGGCUACGCGCGCCACGGUGACCGCUGUCUUGCUGCCGAGCAGCCGGGGAACGCGACGAAGGGAGGCUGCGACGAUAACGCGCGAGGUGAACCGCUCUCGGCGGGCGGAGCGGCGGGCGAUAAUCCUUCGCCGCCGCGAGGCGGCCGAAAGGUCGCGGGUUCACGAUCGCCGCCCUCCCCGGUCGUCCGGAGAAUGACGACGAUUCGGCGGGGCGUCUGACGCGGGCGACACGGCGGUGGCGGCGGUGGCGGUGGCAGUGGCGGCGACGACGACGACAACGACGACGACGACGGCGAGGACCGCGAGGACGGCGGCGGCGACAGUAAUUCCUCCCAGUGCGCCGGAGGACGACGACGAGUCGCGAUCCGUCCCGAUCUCGAUCGGUCGGAGAAGGAGUAGUAGUAGUAGCAGUAGUAGUAGUAGUAGUAGUCGGUCGCGCGCGCCCGGACGAGGACGACGACGACGACGACGAAGAACAGUGAGGGGCCACGCGAAUGUGAGCUGCCUCACCACCGCGGGUGGUGGUGAACCUGAGACAUCUCCUCCCCCCUUUCCCCUUUCCUCCCCUCCCCCCGGCGAUACAGUGCGUGUGCCCGCGUCUGUGAUAUACGCGGAGAUAUAAGAUUUAUUACGAAACUGUGUGUCGUACGCGGCGAGAAGCUGCAACAAGAUGCCGCUCUUCGGGAAGAAGGAGAACAAGAAGAUCAAGAAGGACGGCAAGGACGACCGAUCGCCCUCCGUCGAGGACAAGUACAUCCUGAAGGACCUGCUGGGAACGGGUGCAUUCUCUGAAGUGAGGCUGGCGGAGAGUAAAGAGAAGCCAGGCCAAAUGUUUGCCGUAAAGAUCAUCGACAAGAAGGCACUAAAGGGCAAGGAAGAUUCGUUAGAAAACGAAAUUAAAGUUUUGCGAAGGUUCAGUGAAAGUGCGACACCACAGAGUGGUGACGGAUCACUCAAGUCGGAUAGUAGUGGCGAAAAGAGAUGGCUAACCCACCCUAAUAUCGUUCAAUUGCUGGAGACAUUCGAGGACAAGCACAAAGUCUACUUAGUUAUGGAGUUGGUCACCGGAGGGGAGUUAUUCGAUCGGAUUGUCGAGAAGGGUUCGUAUACAGAAAAGGACGCGUCCGGUUUAAUAAGACAAGUGCUCGAAGCGGUGGACUAUAUGCACGAGCAGGGUGUCGUUCACAGAGAUCUUAAACCGGAGAAUCUCCUGUAUUACAGUCCAGAUGAGGACAGCAAGAUCAUGAUCAGCGAUUUCGGCCUAUCAAAAAUGGAAGAUUCUGGGAUUAUGGCAACCGCUUGUGGCACGCCGGGAUAUGUCGCACCCGAGGUUCUGGCGCAGAAACCAUACGGCAAAGCGGUUGAUGUGUGGAGUAUAGGAGUCAUCUCGUAUAUUUUGCUGUGCGGAUAUCCUCCGUUUUACGACGAAAAUGACGCCAAUCUGUUUGCACAAAUUCUGAGAGGUGAAUUUGAAUUUGACUCGCCAUACUGGGAUGAUAUCAGCGCUUCUGCAAAGGAUUUCAUUGGAAAGCUGAUGUGCGUCAACGUCGAGGAACGUUACACAUGCAAACAAGCUCUUGCACAUCCCUGGAUUUCCGGCAACGCGGCUAGUAAUAAAAACAUUCAUGGUACUGUAUCCGAACAACUUAAAAAGAACUUUGCCAAGUCGAGAUGGAAGCAAGCGUAUCAUGCAGCUACGGUUAUACGUCAAAUGCAACGGCUAGCGCUAAACAGUGGCCAGCAACAGCAACAGCAGGAAGGUACAGGUUCAAUCGGUCCCUCCAGCGGCAACCCAACGCAAUAUCGAGAGCAAGUCAACUACAACCAACACACGGGGCCGUUGGGGCCGACGCCGCCUUCAAGCAAUCUCAGCAAUUGAAGCAGACGCGCGAGCGUAUGCUCAAUGUGUCAAGCCUGAUGUUUUACGAAUCUCACUUUUCACUCCAUUCUAAUCAUUCGUCGCCGCUAUACAUGUGCAACAAAACGCUUCAAGCUGUGGGGCAGCACACGCACCGCUCUGUCCACU